GUGCGUAACGCGUCCGGAUAAGAAGAACGACAACGAUGUACGGCUUUCACCGGUGAUACUGAAACAUGCUUGGCACGAAGCGAUUCUCAACUUUCAGUCUCCAAUAACCUUUGCUUGGUCUCGUCGCGGGCCAGCCCAAUGCCGCGACAGCUGCCUUGGAAGAGCAACGGUGGCGGAGGGAGUCGCACGCAAACAAUAAAGCCAUCUACCUGCCCACCGAAGACAACCAGGAUACCAGAUGACAUGAAUGAUGAUUUCCUCGAUGGUACUGUGCUUGCUAGCACCAGCAAAGGCAAAAGCAAAGCAAAGGUUACCUCAGAUUCAGACGACUCGCUGCCUGAGCCUCCCGCCGAACCAUCGACACAGCGCACCAAAAGAUCAAGGAAUGGUGUUACGAAAGAUCGAGCGCCCUCGUCUUCACCACCACCACCUCUGGCAGACUACGCACUCCCUUACUCUGAGCCAAUGCGCAAAGGCAUAUCAGAAUUUGACCUCCGAGAUGACGAAUGGAUGAUGGUCGAAGAUGAGUUCUUGGAGACCGCAAAACUAUUCACACGACAUCUGCACAUCGCAGAAUACGACAGACUGAAAGAGAGCAUUGAAGCGAAGAAGAAAGAGGCCGAAAUUGCAAGACCCGUCAUCGCAGGCUCGAAACGCUCAGUGGAGGGCGCAAUGAAAGAGAGGGCAAAGGUGCAAGACAGCAAGCAGAAGAAGGCAAUCCGUGACGUAUUCGCCUCACAAGGAGACUCAAUUGAAGACGAUACAGCUUCAUACUGGCCGAGAUCAAGCAAAACCCUAGCGGCGAUGCCGCAACCAGCUACCAACGGAUCACAAGACACAGACAGCGACGACUUGGAUGCACCGCAUCCGCCGAAAUCAAAAGCUCCAGCACCAACAUCUUCCAGUACAGCUAGUUCACUCAGAGUCACAAGACCGCUACCUGCCUCUCCAUACGUGUCCAAGCCAUUAGCGUCGUCUUUCGCCAAGCCUGCUCUUCCCGCACCAACAGUGCCAGCAAGAUCACGCGCCAGGCCCUCGAGAAUGACACCAUUUGACAUGCUCGACGAGUACACUCCACCAACAUUCGACACGAGCACACCGCCAGCGGCUGCCCCUCAUGAGAGGCAGACGUUUAUUUCGAGUAAACCACGCUCGCAGUCAACAUCGUCCAGUCUCUCCUCUCCGCAGACAUCACAAAUAACGACCACAAAAGCCAUUAAGCCUCGACGGUCCCUGGACCUGCUCGAUGACUGGGCAUCCUCGAAAGAUAAUGGUGGAAUCAGUAGGGAGGUCGCUGAUCGGAUCGCGAAGAGGAAGGCCGAAAGGGCGGAAGAAGGUGAAGGAAAAGAGAAGAGGAAGGCCACUAAUUUGGACGACAUUCCUACGUUUCUAUUUUGAGUUGUUUUGGAUGUUUGGAGUAUGGGAAAUGAUACCCCCGGCUGCGCUUAUCUUUGGUUAUGGGCCUAAAGAGUCACUAAUAGUGAGUAUCGAUUUCACGUGUAUACAGUUCUUGUGUUCUUCCAUUGUAUGUAUGGGUAUCUCUAAAGACAGAAUAGAUGCUCCUCGUCAUGCCUCGCGGCUACGAGGAGCGAUCUGAAUCAUAGCAAUAUACACCGCUGUGUAGCG